CCAUAAUAUCGUCCAUACUGUCCUUUACGGGCACUCUUAGAAAUGACGAGGAAUGUGAUGAUGUAAUAUGUGUGCGACUGAAGUCAGCCUGUAGUCCAUUCUCUUGCUUCUCCGUCAGGAUGGGGACCCAGGUUAAAGACGUGGUCAUUAAACCUGAUGCGCCAUACACUCUCCUCCUAGACAAGCAUGCAGACUAUAUUGCAGCCUAUGGCUCCAAGAAGGAUGACUAUGAGUACACGCUGUCCGAAUACUUGAGAAUGAGUGGCAUCUACUGGGGUCUGACAGUAAUGGACCUGAUGGGUCAGCUGUCUCGAAUGAACCGCCAGGAGAUCAUAGAGUUCACCAAGUCCUGCCAGCAUGACUGUGGAGGCAUCAGCGCCAGCAUUGGCCAUGACCCUCAUCUCCUCUACACCCUCAGUGCUGUACAGACCCUUUCCUUGUAUGACAGCAUUAAUGUCAUUGAUGUAGAUAAAGUGGUCGACUAUGUUAAAGGACUGCAGCAGGAGGAUGGCUCAUUCGCAGGAGACAAAUGGGGAGAAAUAGAUACACGGUUUUCCUUUUGUGCGGUUGCGACAUUGGCACUACUGGGCCAGUUGGAUGUGAUCAACAUGGACAAGGCUGUUGAGUUUGUGCUGUCCUGUAUGAACUUUGAUGGUGGGUUUGGUUGUAAGCCUGGUUCAGAGUCCCAUGCUGGUCAGAUUUAUUGCUGUACAGGUUUCUUGUCGAUCACUGGGCAGCUUCAUCAAGUAAAUGCAGAUCUGUUGGGUUGGUGGCUCUGUGAAAGACAGUUACCAUCAGGAGGCUUGAAUGGGAGACCAGAGAAGCUGCCUGAUGUCUGCUAUUCCUGGUGGGUUCUUGCCUCUUUGAAGAUCAUUGGCAGAAUCCACUGGAUUGACAAAGCAAAACUGCGCAAUUUUAUUCUUGCUUGCCAGGAUGAAGAGACUGGAGGCUUCGCUGAUAGGCCUGGAGACAUGGACUUGCCAUUCUUUAUACAGAGCUUAUCAGUCUCUGCAGUGCAUCCUUGCCAGUGUUCUAUAUUUCCAUCCAGGUGGAUCCUUUCCACACUCUGUUUGGUGUGGCGGGUCUGUCUUUGCUGGGAGAUGAGCAGAUCAAACCAGUGAACCCUGUGUUUUGCAUGCCUGAAGAUGUGCUUCAGAGGAUUGGCCUCCAACCAGACUUGCUGAGCUGAGUUUCAAUUUUCAGCAUGGCCAUUUUCCUCUUCUCCUACCCCUGCACAGCCAGCCAUUUCGAAACGGGCAAACCGUGGAAAGCUGUCAUCUUCAACUAACGAUUGGCACACCGUUUAGAGGGACCAAGGACUUUAGAAAGACCCUUAACAUUGUGUGCUUUUU